CUCUUCGUAGCCUCACCCGGAAGCUUAUGUCUCAAGCGAGGAGCGCGAAGGUGCGACUAUGAACCCUUUAACUAAGGUGAAGCUGAUCAACGAACUGAAUGAGCGAGAGGUUCAACUUGGGGUGGCAGAAAAGGUGUCUUGGCACUCGGAAUACAAGGACAGCGCCUGGAUCUUUCUUGGAGGGCUUCCGUAUGAAUUGACAGAAGGAGACAUCAUCUGUGUCUUCUCACAAUAUGGGGAGAUUGUCAACAUUAAUCUUGUGAGAAACACUAAGACUGGGAAAUCCAAAGGAUUCUGUUUCCUGUGCUAUGAAGAUCAGAGGAGCACAGUUCUGGCUGUUGACAAUUUCAAUGGGAUUAAGGUAAAUGUGCUUACUGUGCAGGAUUUGCCUGGAGUUUUCCUGUCUCUGUACCCAGACAAAAAAGAGAAAAAGAAAGAAAAAGAGAAGAUUGAAUGCAAGGUACAAGCAGAGCUGCCAUGCUGUUCUUUGUCCUCCAGAAGCAAGACAGUCAAGGAAAAGGAUGACCAUGGCCCAGAGAAGCACAACAGCAAGAGCUCAGAGAGAGUGCAGAAGUCUAAUGAUAGAGAGGUGAAGAAGAAUCAUUCAGACUUCUUUGAUGUCAGGAUUUCCUUCCAGGGUAGAGCAGAGAACCCUGAGUGGGAACCAAAGAAAGAGAAACCCAAGCAUGAGCAUAAGUCCUUAAGCAGGAGGGAGGAAGAAGAAGAAAAGAGCAGAGAUAAGGAUAGAAAGAAGAGCUCAGGGACGCAUUCCACCAAACACAAUGGGCAUUCUGAAAUUUGGAAUCAUAGGAGUAGAAGUAGGAUUCUGGAUAAUUCCCAUUGUCAUAUAAAGCAUAGACACUCUUGGGAUUGGGAGUCCUUCCAUGCCAGUGAUGGGAGACAUUACUGAAUCCUGUUUCAACUGCCCAGUUCUUUGAAAAUGAAUUUUAUUCCAUAAAUAUCAAAUUCUCUUUGUUGUUAUUUUUAUAUAUAAAGUUCUGAGGGCUGAAUUUGUUCAAUCCCUUGUAUGACAGAGUUGUUGGGGAAGCUGUAGUUUCAAUAGCUAGAUAUCUUACAAACAACAACAACAACAAAAAAAACAAACCGAACAAACAUGAUUCACUGUCCCUGGGAAAAUAUUUCGUACUGAACAAAGUAUGUGCCUAAAAUUUGGUUAUAGAUUUGGCCUUUACCCGCCAACCUCUGAUCUGUGAUGAGAUUGCUAGAAAAGGCAAAACACAAGCAAUGGUGGAUCUCUGGUGUUCAUGGUAGAUAUUCCAAGGCCUGCACUGUAGGACCUUAGCAGAUGACAGUUAACAGCUUUAGAAAGCAGUGGCUUAGGACAUUUGGAGAGCUUAAUAUGGAUAUGAUAGGAUUCUUUUUUUUGGAUUUUUUUUAUUAAUUACACUUUAUCCAUUUUGUAUCCCCCCCAUAAGCCCCUUCUUCCUCCCCUCCCGAUCUCACCCUCCCUCCCGUUUCUGCAUGCAUGCCCCUCCCCAAGUCCACUGAUAAGGGAGGUUCUCCUCUCCUUUCUGAUCUUAGUCUAUCAGUUCUCGUCAAAAGUAGCUUCAUUGUCCUCUUCUGUGGCCUGGUAGGGCUGUUCCCCCCUCAGGGAGAGGUGAUCAAAGAGCAGGACAAUCAGAUUAUGUCAGAGGCAGUCCCUCUUCCCAUUACUAGGUAACCCACUUGGACACUGACCUGCCAUGGGCUACAUCUGUGCAGGGGUUCUAGGUUAUCUCCAUGAAUAGUCCUUGGUUGGAGUAUGAGUCUCUGGGAAGUUCCCUGUGUUCAAAUUUUCUUGUUCUGUUGCUCUCCUUGUGGAGUUCCUGUCCUCUCCAGCUCUUACUAUUUCCCACUUCUUACAUAAAAUUCCAUUUACUCUGCCCGACAGUUGGCUAUCAGGCUCAGCAUCUGCUUUGAUGGUCUGCAGGGCAGAGGCUUUCAGAGGCCCUCUGUGGUAAGUUCCUAGUUUGUUUCCUGUUUUCUUCUGGCUUUCAGAGGCCCUCUGUAGCAGGUUCCUAGGUUGCUUCCUGUUUUCUUCUUCUACUGAUGUCCAUCAUCUUUGCCUUUCAGGUGGGGAUUGAACAUUUUAGUUAGGGUCCUCUCUCUUGCUUAGUUUCUUUAGAUGCAUAGAUUUAGUGGGUUUGUCCUACAUUGUAUGUCUAUAUGAGUGAGUAUAUAUCAUGUGUGUCUUUUUGCUUCUGGGACAACUCACUCAGGAUGAUCCUUUCCAGGUCCCACCAUUGACCUGCAAAUUUCAUGAUUUCCUUAUUUUUCAUUGCUGAGUAAUAUUCCAUUGUAUAGAUGUACCACAAUUUCUGCAUCCAUUCUUCAGUUGAGGGGCAUCUGGGUUGUUUCCAGCUUCUGGCUAUUACAAAUAAAGCUGCUACAAACAUGGUUGAGCAAAUGUCCUUUUUGUGUACUUGAACCUCUUUUGGAUAUAUGCCUAGGAGUGGUAUGGCUGGAUCUUGAGGAAGCGCUAUUUCUAGUUUUCUGAGAAAGCGCCAGAUUGAUUUCCAGUGUGGUUGUACAAGUUUACAUUUCCACCAGCAGUGGAGGAGGGUUCCCCUUUCUCCACAACCUCUGCAGCAUGUGUUGUCCCUUGAGUUUUUUAUCUUGGCCAUUCUCAUGGGUGUAAGGUGAAAUCUCAGGGUUGUUUUGAUUUGCAUUUUCCUAAUGGCUAAUGAGGUUGAGCAUUUCUUUAAGUGCUUCUCUGCCAUUCAAUAUUGCUCUAUUGAGAAUUCUGUUUAGCUUCGUUCCCCAUUUUUUAAGUGGAUUACUUGGUUUGCUGCUUUUCAGCUUGUUUAGUUCUUUAUAUAUACUGUAUAUGAGUCCUCUGUCAGAUAAAGGGUUGGUGAAGAUUCUUUCCCAAUCUGUAGGCAGUUGUUUUGUUUUGAUGACGGGGUCCUUUGCUUUACAGAAGCUUUUUAGUUUCAUGAGGUCCCAUUCUCAACUUCAUAUGGAAUAAGAAGAAACCCAGAAUUGCUAAAACAAUCCUCUACAAUAAAAGAUCUUCUGGAGGUAUCUCCAUCUCUGAUCUUAAGUUGUACUAUAGAGCAACAGUUUUAAAAACUGCAUGGUUCUGGCAUAGAAACAGAAUGGUGGAUAAAUGGAACCGAACAGAGGACCCAGAAAUAAACCCACACACUUAUGGACACCUGAUCUUUGACAAGUUGCCAAAAUCAUAGAAUGGAAAAAAGAUAGCAUCUUCAACAAAUGGUGCUGGUCCAACUGGAUGUCUACAUGUAGAAAAAUGAAAAUAGAUCCAUACUUAUCACCCUGCACAAAACUGAAGUCUAAGUGGAUCAAAGACCUCAACAUAAAACCAGACACAUUAAAUCGGCUAGAAAAAAAAGUGGGGAA